AUGCCGAGGACGCGUACAAAAGGAAGCAGCGUGCCAAAGUCGAGCCCUUUCCAACCAUUUACUGGCUUGCGUCAGCGAGAUCUAAAGGCCCGUGUAUCCACACUAGAGGACCAGCAAUUCGUACUAACGCUGCAGCAUCGACUAGAUGCGGACGAAGCUGCCAAGGAGAAAAUGGUGCAGAGUCAUCGUGAGUACGCGGAGCAGCGCUGGCAAAUGAUGACUCCACAUGAUAUAGAGCUUGUCAAAAGCCGGGGCUGGGAGUUUGUCCUGCGUAAUGUUGGUAUUGCUGGCAUUCGCGAGUUCACAAACGUCAAAUGUCUGCACACACACUACGCGCACUACUUGGCCACUGGUAACAAUCUCAUCGGCGAGUGGGUACAGCGGCUGCUGGACAGCGCAGCGAUUAAGCGGACAAAAGGGCUCAAGUGA